UGACCCCGGAGUGAGGGGCGGGGGGGGAGGCUCAGUGCAAAGUGUCCCCACAACCCCCCCGCAACGGCUGGGUCUGCGGCUCCCCCCGGCCCUGCGCGCUGCCCGGGGGGGGAGCCGUCGGGGCCGGCGCCGCCUCGCUGCACCGCAGGUGCGAGCUGCCUUGGAGAAGACCGGGAGCCCGAAGGGGAUGGGAGAACCACGAGCGGCGCUCACUGCUAAGGAGUAGCAGACUGUUUGACAUGUUGUAUGGGCACACAAGAUUGUGUAAUGAAGACAAUGAAGAGUGGAACACACAUCAAAAAGUGACAGCUUCCUGUAAGGUGAAUAGUAUGACCUCAUGACACUCUUGUAAGAGUCAGAGUCAGCUAGGAUGUUACACCAUCACUGUCGGAGGAACCCUGAACUACAGGAAGAGUUACAGAUUCAGGCUGCAGUAGCUGCUGGGGAUGUUCACACCGUGCGCAAGAUGUUGGAACAAGGCUAUUCUCCAAAUGGUCGAGAUGCCAAUGGUUGGACCUUGCUUCAUUUCUCUGCAGCAAGAGGAAAAGAGAGAUGCGUUCGGGUUUUUCUGGAGCACGGUGCUGAUCCCACAGUUAAGGACUUAAUUGGAGGCUUCACUGCUCUGCAUUAUGCCGCCAUGCAUGGCCGAGCAAGGAUUGCACGCUUGAUGCUGGAAUCUGAGUAUAGAAGUGACAUUAUCAAUGCAAAAAGCAAUGAUGGUUGGACUCCCCUCCACGUAGCAGCCCACUAUGGCAGAGACUCAUUUGUCAGACUCCUGCUGGAGUUCAAGGCGGAGGUUGAUCCACUCAGUGAUAAAGGUACUACACCGCUUCAACUGGCCAUUAUUCGUGAGAGGUCAAGCUGCGUGAAAAUCCUUCUGGAUCACAAUGCCAACAUCGACAUUCAGAACGGUUUCCUGUUACGAUACGCUGUGAUCAAAAGCAAUCACUCUUAUUGCCGAAUGUUCCUUCAGAGAGGGGCAGAUACAAACUUGGGUCGUUUAGAAGAUGGACAAACACCAUUACACUUGUCUGCUCUUAGAGAUGAUGUGCUUUGCGCGCAAAUGUUAUAUAAUUAUGGAGCAGACACUAAUACAAGGAACUAUGAAGGACAGACCCCACUGGCUGUUUCAAUAAGUAUUUCUGGAAGUAGCCGACCCUGUCUGGAUUUCUUACAAGAAGUGACAAGACAGCCCAGAAACUUGCAAGAUCUAUGCCGAAUUAAAAUCCGUCAGUGUAUAGGCCUUCAAAAUCUAAAACUACUUGAUGAACUACCCAUUGCCAAGGUCAUGAAAGACUACUUAAAACACAAAUUUGAUGAUAUCUGAUAUCCAUGAAGAGAAGGACUCUAAACAAGAUUAGUUAUAUUCCAGAUACUUAGAGGCUGGUUGCCUUGCACAAAGUAUAUCCUAUGCAAAUUCUGAUUUUUCUAUGAAGUCAGAAGGCAGGUAUACACUUCCUUGGGUUUUUUUAUACCACAUGCUAGAAGGUCUUAAUUUUUGGUUUCUUGGUCCAAGUUUACAAGGUCCAAGGUUUCUAUACAAUAUUACAUUUACAAAAUUUUGUUUUCAUUAAAUGAAGUGUGCAGCCUUGCAAUAGAGAUGGAACACGGUCUGCUCAAAGGAAGGAAGGAUUGGUUCUGGUUGGUAUGCGUGGUGUCAUAAGUCAGCUGAGUAGUUAUUUAAUAAAUGAGAUUUGGAAAUAAAGGCCCCAGUUCUGCCAAGGGACACGUGGGAAGAUCUUUGUUACUGCUGAUUGAUGGAACUUAUAUAGGCUUAAAUCUCUGCCCUCAUGUAUCCCUUUGCAGCUUCAAGACAGAGAUUGUAACCAAGAUGUGUUGGUACUGUAUAAAUGCCAUGUGGAAAUUUAAACAGAAAACAGUCGCCCAGCUAAAUUUUUAGGCAUAUAAAUUGGCACUUUUUAUACUGUUAUUUUUCCUAAUUAUUCAAGUUUGGAUGUCCAAAUUCAGGUCCUUUUGCUUUUUCCUAUCAUUUCCCUGUAAAUGGGCUAUUGUUUAUAACGGCUGUUUUUAAAAGUGACAGUACGGUGCACCGAGUCAUAGUCUCUGUAUUAUUUUGACGUUCAUUUAAGGGGAAGCCAGUGUAUUCCAUUUCUCAUGCAGUGCCUCCUGUGCAAUAAGUUUUCGGAUGUGCUUUGUCCAUCACGUUCCUUACUUAGCCUCAAUGCAUUAUUUUUGAGGUUAGGGACUGCUGCCUUACUGUAGCAUUGAUACUGCAAUGCUAUGAUGACAUGGCAGUUAUUGUUUUAUAGUAAUCCCUGAAUUUCAUGAAUGUAUAACUUUGGCUAUUUGUAUUUCAGUUUGCACUGAAAUUUCACGUUCACUUUGUCAGGCCAAGUAUUUUCAAUGCCCAAGAUGUGGUAGAAUACUUUCCUUUUUUUAAAGAGGGAUUACAGGUUUUUGAGGGAUAGGCUCUCAGUUGUUUGGUGUUUGUUCAAAGCUAAGUAGCCUCAGUUGAUAAGCUUCCAUUAAUUUGAUUUCAUAUGUGCACUGACUAAAAUGCUCCCCUUAGCAUUAAUACUUUAAAUUUUGCAAACAGUGGUGGUAUGGGAAAAAAGAAACAAUUUCUGUUUUUUGGCAGGUAGGUGGGGGAAGAAAUAGGGAAGAUUGUUACUUCUGUUCUGCUGUAAUGGUUUUGUUUGCUCAUUUCUGUCGUGCAGUAAGUGGAAAUGAAAUGAAGGCAUCUUACUCCCGGUUUAAUUGGGGUUAAGUUACCAUGCUUCAAUUUCACAUGCUGCAGGAUAAGACCAGACAGAUGAAACAGUAAGCACCGCCCACUUACAACAGUUUUAAUCUGUCUUUGCCCUAAAUCAGUUCUUAUUCAUCUGAAAAUAAUGACUAAUACAAUAGCCAAAUUUUGCUGUCUCUGUGUGGGUUUGUUUGCUUGUUUUAAUCAUAAGCUUUAGUAAGAUCAAAUAAUGAAAAUGUUGCUGGUAGCAAGUGGAGAGUGAAGGCCUCAACGUUAAACAGGAAGGCAUCAAAUUUGCAGCCAUUUCAUGGUUCUUAUUAUCACAGGGUUGUGGAGUCAGUAUAAGGCUCUUGCCAAAUUUUUCUUCUUUUAUUGUAUCAUUAUACUGGUUUCAGAAGGACCCUUAUGUGAUGAGAGAGACUUUCAUACCAGUGAGGUGUGUAGAUGUGGGGAGGUAAAAGAAAUGGUGUCGGCUUUUAAUUUUAACACCGCCACUUUCAAAAAGUUUAAGGAAAAAAAAAUAAAGGAAAAGCCAAAGAAGCAAGUCUGCUUGGAUUUACCAGUUUAUCCGUACCAGUUCAUCCUCGUUCCUUGAAACCAGGGAUUGUCAUUUUUCUCAAGUACUAAACUUAUUGUCAAGGUUUCCACAGGAACCAUAGCAGCAAGGAUUAUCUUGCCCUUUUGUGCCUCACAGGUUUCCAAACAAUGGGUUAGAUUUAGAGAUCUGUGGCUCUGAGGACGGGUAAUGAGAUUAGGAAUCUUUCUUCCCGGGCUCAUCGAUUCAAAUCCAGCCUCCUUCAGCAGUGGCCAAAAGUUAAUGUUGCAGCAGCCUGUAGGACUACGCUCCAUGCCGUACAGUCAAUGUACUUAUUAUGAAUGUAUACCCUUGUUGGCAGCCUUGGCAAAAAGGCUAGAGUAACUGGGCAAGAUGAUGUUCCUCAUUGCAGUGCUUCCUCCUCAGGCAUAGUGAAAAUGCAUUGGCGGUGUUUGUACUGUGGAGAGAGGGAGCUAGACUUCCUAAUGUAUCUUUUAAUGAACACUGAAAGCAGAAAAGAUCAGCCUCUUGGAUCUUAAGUACCUAGGCAUGAUGAGUAAAGUUACGGGUGGAAUGAGCAGAGUUAAGGAGGAGAUGACAGCUUUUUAACUCUGAAUCUUCACUUCAGUGACAUAGAAACAGAACCUUAAUAUUAUUCGGAAGUUCUAAUAAAAUAUCUUAACGUUUAACUAUUUUCUUCUGAAAUUUGGAUUUAAAAACCAUUUUCUUCCCUGUUAUCAGUGAAGCUUCAUUUUUUACAAUAAUCUUUUUCUAAGAUAACUGAGUAUUCUUGUCAAAGCCCACAUCAAGGCAUAUUGCUUGUUCUGUCUGCUGCUGUGACUUCAGAAAAUUAUGAAAGACCUUGUUGGUAACAGAAAUGCUAUUUAAUGAAGAAAUAUGUAAUUCCAUUAUUUAUUGUUUGAGGUUUGGGGGUUUUUUGUAACUGACAUUUUAAAGGGAACACUCUUAAAUUUUAGGCCAAUGCAAAGCCUUUCUUUUAUUUAAAAAAAAAUGUUCAAAAUCCUUGCCCCUUUUAGUAGCAAAUUUACUAAGGACUUGAUCCUAAACCCACUCAUGUCAGUAGAGAGGCUACUGUUGGGCUUGGAAUCUGGCUUUUAGGCCCUGAUUCAGCGAACUGCUGCAGCACGUGCUUAACUUUGAGCCUAUGAGUAGUUUUUUAUGACUUCUGUGGGGCUGUUUGUGUGCUUUUUUUAAAGUUUUAGCUCAUGCUUAAAUGAGUAAAGUACGGGGCUUAUCCAUCAUUCAGGCCUAACUAGGUUUGAAUGAUGUGGAUCUAUUCUUCUGUUGCUCCCUUAACUAGAUGCAACAUAAAAACUCAAACUGAAUUUGUUUUCUCCAUACUCUUUCGACUGGAAUGGGGCAAGAUAAGUGCAUAAUAUAAAUUUGUUACACAGCCUAGUUCCAUUUCCUUAUAAUACAUUGUUCAACACUUUAUUAAACCUUUUAAAAAAUUGGCAAUACACCAAAGAAACAGACUAGUAAAAGAUUCUGAUCAUUAACAAACUGCAAACCUCAUCCUUUAAAAACAAAGCAGAAUUUUUUUUGUAAAUAUUUGUGUUUAUAAAUGUACAGCAGAGAGUAAGAGUGGUUUUUUUUUUUAGAUUAUUUAAUUACCAUAUUUCUAAACUAUUUACUACAUUAUAGACAAUACUCGUUAGUUUGCAAAACUUUUGAGUGUUUUGGUUUUUUAAUUCAUUAUCACUCAUGCUUGGAUUAACUCUGGCUUCCUCAGGACAGCGUGGAGAAUUUAGUUUUCUGGCUAUAGUUGGCAAUAGCAAAAGAAUGCAUCUGGACAAAGAGAAAUAGUAUAAUUAAGUUGUCAUACAGACACCCUGAAGCAAAAGAGAACAUGUAGUGUUUUUUAGCAGAGUGAACCAUACGGAAAUCUCGAUUCCUAACUCGUUCUCAUAAAAUCUCUCCAGAGCCCAAAGUGUCAUUGGGACAAGAGCAACUUACAAUUUGCCCACAAAACUAGCUUCAUGCAACUCUCUCUCACUGUGUUUCCGGUAUCAUAAUGUAUUUUGUUCUUCCUUUGUAAUGUAAGUUUUGCUUUGGGUCAGUUUGAAUUUAAAAAAAAAAUUGAAUCUGGUUAAAACCUCUUGGGUUUGCGUUCUAUUUAUUUCUGAACUAAUGCUUUCAUAAUGCAGUACUGCUUUGGACAGACUUUUCUGCAAUGUCUGUCUCUAUCCCCCCUGCACCAUGAAAUCCUUACAAUCCCAGCCAUGGCAAUAAAUAGCUGAUGAUGGGUAAAUCAUGCAGUUGAUACUCGGCUCUGCCUCAUGAUACGAGUUAAGAUCACCCAUGGAUUUUAGUGGGAUUUAGGUAAAUCUGAGGACAAACUUGGGCCCUCAGGGCUGGAGUGAUGAAUGGUAGGAUGAACUCAGAUGUGGUGCACAACUAAUCAUUUCCACACACAUUUCUGUACACUCGCACAGAGCUUUAAAACUUACAGUAGCUUCAUCAUGGGUAUAUGCAGGGGAGAGUGCAAAACUGAGGGGCCAAAGAAGUCAAGUUUUGCAAUUGGGCUUGUCAUUUAUGCAGUGUCUAUUCAGAGUAUUGCAAAAUGGAAUAACUAAGUCUGCUUAUGAAUAUGUUGAUCACUGAAGCAGAGGCUAGAAGCAAACAGUUUGGGUCCUACAGGUUCUUGAUAUUAUACAAGCCCAAGCUAUGAAUCUUCAGGGAUGUGAAGAGGGUGGAGGGGAAGAAAACUAGAUUAACACCCUAAUCAUUGUUCUGGGAUUCAUUGCAAUAACUGUACUAAAAACUGCUGGAAAAGGGGACGUUCUUCAUGACUAGAGAGUGUCUCCUUGAGGAACAAGGUGCAUAAAUGUGAUCUGGCUGUGCAGACUUUCUACAACACAACUUUCGAAGCCCAGGCUGCUAAAGAUUGCUACUAACAAACUGGACAGAUUUGGAAGACUAGCAUGUUUAUUAAUGCUGUGCUGUAAAAUUUAUGUUCCUGUUUAUGUAUUGUUUCCUCUGUUUGUUCAUUUGUCAGCUGGAAAGCAAAAAGCAAUUAAUGGUAAAUGUUAUUUGUUUUAAAAAUAAUGGUUUUGCAGGCUGCUGACAAAUGAGAUUAUACGUGGGAAUAAUGGUCUCUCCAUAUAUUGGUAUGCCUGUGUGACUGGAAACUGCUCUCUUUGCAUGGCAAAGUACUGUUUUGCCAUAGUGCAAGCGAAACUUUUUUUGCAACUAAUUUUAAAUUUUAACCUGUCACCAGAGGUAGAAUGUCCUACAAACGUAACUACAAGGUAGGAGCUAGGAACUCAAUUCUGCAUCUUCCACUGGUUCCUCAUGUACUUGGCCAAGAUGCUCUAGCAUUUCUCUCUUCUCCUCCAUCUCCUUGUUUCACACAAUGAAGACUGGGCUAUUAUUUACCUGGGACGUUCUAAGCUGUACCCUUCAAAGCUAAAAUGUUAUGCCAGUGCUGAAGUUUUACCACUGCUACUGUCCACUGGCGGUUUGGAUCUUUAUUUCAGUCUGUUUAAAAACCAGACUAAAGCAGAGCCUGUCGCUUUAGCUCAUGAAAGCAAGAAACAAGUUGGAUAUAUGCAAUACGUCAUGAAGCCAUGCUAACAAGGUUUUCCAGCUCCUGGAUGUUGCAGGGAUCCACACUAUGCAGGUGGAGCAGUGGCAAUUUAGAUCUUGGCACUGUGCUGAGUCUUAGUGGGAAUCUCCUGCCAUAUAGUGAAGCAUUUCGUACGUGCUUCCUUCUCUGUGGGUCCACAGGGUCUUUGAUUGCUGUCUGCUGAGUCCCACAGAAGCAUGGGAUACUUCUACAGAGCAGGCAGAGCUCUGUGUCUGCAUGAUAAAGGUGUGACCCACAUCCAGGGGAUCUGAUUUCUGUGUAUACUCAUGGAAGCACUAUAAGGAAUUUCUCUAAAUUUCCCUAUUGUUACCAGGUAGUGAAACUAGCACAGUAAUAUAAGAGUAAGGUAUUUGAGAACAGCAUGUGCUACACUGAGAAAGCACCCAUCCCAGAAUGUCCUUAACUGGGUUUAUACUUGGUACAUAGAGCCUUGUGUGUAGCUUUGUCUUUUUUCGAGGAGGGGGGCAGGUUUGUUUGGUUUUUUUUUUCUAAAGAAAAAAGUAUAUAGACAAUUUUAAAAAUGGCACCAAUCCACAUUACUGGCUGUAAAAUUGAAAUUGAAAUUAAGCCCAUCUCUGUUUUAAGUCUUACCUUUUUAAAAAAUAGAUUUAUAUUCUUGUUGUGCUCCAAGUAUAGCAAAAGGUCAAAAUCAUGCUGUUCUGCCAGUUGCAUAAAAGCUCAGUUAAAUAGAUUUGUGCCAAAUUUUAUUUCUUUUCUGGAUUUCUACCAGGGUAAUUCCACUGGAGCUGAUAGAGUCAGACAACAUGUAACUGGGUGUAAAGGAGGGAAGAAUUGAUUUUGUUCUCUGGAAAUCGAAUAGGAUACUUUUGGGAUACUUCAGAGGGUCGUCUCAGGCCUUUUCAAUUGGCUUUGCUGUCUUGGUCUGGUUUUCCAGCUUUUAACAAGAACCACUUGACACAUUGCUGUAGCUGAGACUUCUCAUUGGUAGUGCCAGUGGCCUUUGUGAUUUUUUGGGAAGGCAAUUAUGGUUUCCCUUUUAUCCACUAGUGCUCUGAUAAAAGCACUUGCCCAAAUGCAGGGCACGCUAGUUCGAUUAAUUCCCCUACCUGAGGUCAUUUGAACCCCUACCAUCCGCCCCCCACCGUGUCCCACCUUACCAUGCUAUAAGGGUGGUUGCUUUCAAUGUCACCCGCUGUCAUUGUUCUGCUUGGCACAGACUGCUUGAAUAUUGGUUGAGCCAUAGACAAUGCUGGUGACUGGGGCUUCUUCCUGGGGUCUGGUUUUGGUCAACCUCUUGCUCUAAGUCAUCCAGAGAGUGUUUCAGACCAGGGAUCUCCUCCUCGAGUGCUCUGGGGUCCGGCUACCCCUAAGGAAAGGGUACCAUUCAGAGCUGCCUCCCAGGCUGGGGGCAGUCUAGGCUCUUCCUGUUGGAUGUGUACGCAAAGAGCUGAGAGCUGCUGCUGCUCUUGGCCUUUCAGCUUGGGGUGGACUGGAGAGUGCAGAGACCUGUUGGCACAGGAGACCUCUUCUCCCCAUCGGUCUGGUCUCCUCCCUCCUAUGGUCUGUGACUCCAUGAGCUGCUGCUCCAGGCCUGUUUGUCAUUUCAGGCAGUCCACACGUCCUGUUGUCAGGAGUUGCUGCUACCCCAUUGCCUUGAGCUCUGGGACUUAUGGCAAGGGAUGAGGCCUUUUUCCUACCUCAUAGGGCCCAGCCCUGCAGACUGGUUGAACUCCUUCGUUGUGGGAGAGGUUUACCUUAACUGGGUGAGGGUGAACCUUGCUAUUGCCAUCAAGUCCCUCCCUUCUGAGAAGAUGGCUCCUGCCCUACCGGCACAGGGGAGUAGGCAGGUCUUGGACUGCCUGCCAGGUGAGGGAAACUGCGUCCUUCUCCAUGCUCCUGGUGGCCAUUUCCCGUAGCAUUGCAGGGGGCCAGUGACCCCGAAGAACUGCAGGAGGGGGUGACAAGUUGUUUUUGAAGGAUGGUUGAGUGGUGCAGGUCAUUGAGACCCUGGCCCAGAAGACUCCAGAUGCAAGAGGGGACUGAGGAGUGGUGUGUUCCCAGGUUGAUAGCGGGGCUGGAGGGGGUUGGCAUACAUGUGGGGAAUGAAAAGUGGAAAGACAAAGGAGUCGCACGUGGAGGGAGCAGAAGAGGGUUCCCGGCAGCCCCUUCAUAAGGAAGGUUUUAGGGACUCUGGAGGCCGCCUUGACUGGGGCCUUGUUGGCUCUUUUCAGGCCUGUUACAGUGGGGAUGGAGCAGGCAUCUAAGGGAGCAAGGGAUUUGAUUGCUACUGGUAGUUGUAUGUACCUGGGUUUUGAACCUCUGUCACUAGAGAGGUGUGGCAUAGCUCUGGGGGCAUUUUUUUCCUGACUUAGGAUAAGGGGACCCAGGUAUUGAAGGCAAGGGAUUGAGGGGAGAGCCAGAGCCAUCAUAAAAGCAGCAGGUUAGAAACAGGAUUGCAGACCUUGCAUGCUGGGUGCAUGCUGGAAUUAGAUGUGGAGGUGUGGGGAAUAAGCACAUGUAGACUGCCUAGAUCUGAUGCACAAGGAGCGUAUAGAAUGACUGGCCCUAUGUACUUGGUGCAUCUGCGUGCGUGAGCAGAGAGGAUGGAGCAAGUGCAGAUGGAGGAAGCCGUGUCUGGGAGCAUAGGUCUGAUGAGCGUGUGGGUGAAAGCGAUGGGAUGGACUGAACGAACACUACUCAGGCAUACAGCAACAACACAUGGAAUAAGCAUGAGAAGGGCAAAUAGGCUGGAGUGUCCCAACUUUGUAUAAACUUGGCAAACUAGAAUCUGCUGACUUUUUAUUAUGUGCACAUGGCUGCCAUAGUUUAGACCCUCUCCUCCGUCACCUGCAGGAAUGCAGCAAUGCCUCUUAGCAUUGUCAUGGAUGCUGGACACCAGUCUGCCCUCCUGCCCCCUGUGCCAGGGGUUCCUGCCUCCUUUUAACAGGUGACCAGUUACCCUGCUCUCCCCACCCCCAUCCCAAACCCCUCCCCAUAUAUGAAUGCAAUAUGUCAGGGGUUCCUGAACUGGUAUGCAUACCCCUGGGGGUAUACAAAACAUCUCUGGAGGAUAUGCAGGAGAAAUUGUAUAAUGACAGAUUACAUUUUCAUUAUAAUAGUAUUUGGCAUUUAAGGGACUAAACUAUAAAACGAAUGCUGGUCAGGGUACACAGGCAGCUGGUAAAUCUGGAAGGGAAUACACAAUGAGAAAAAGUUUGGGAAUCUGCGGUAUGUGACAAAGUAAAGACUGAAGGGAGUGGUUAAGAUGGCAGUGCUAGUAAGGCAGUGCUCAUGCCUGUGAGUGAAGGGGAAGAGGUUAUGAAUUGCUAUCGCUUUUGUGGAGGUGGGUUGGUGACUUUGAGCCAGGGGGAGUGAGCAGGGGUGUUCGACAAGCUUAGCUAACUUGCAGCGGCACUAUUUGUAUAUUCGUUGUAUAUUAAACAGAGAAGCUGCAGUCAACAAUAUUCUCAGGCCACUCUUAAGACAAAAAAAAAAAAUCAUAAUGUGAAGUGGAUUGCUGCUUUGUUAUGAGCAAGCACCUCUGCUGACUUCCAGGAGCUGAAAUUCGGCAUUGGAACUUCAUACCAUUAAUUUUCACUUUAAUCAGUUUUAAUUUCAUCUGGUCAUACUGGCUAAAAGCAAAGCAAAAUCCUUCCACGUUUUUCAUCAAGACUUCUCUAUUACCAUAUUCACUUAAAGAGGAAUAUUUUAUUCCAUGAGCUGACUCUUGAUUUAUUUUUCACUGAAAUUUUGUGAGAUCCAUUGUCAUGCUUUUUAAUGAAGCCUAGACCACUUUAAUAUCAGGAAACACUUUUACAUUAGACAGAGCGUUCUGAAAGAGACAUGUGAAAAAUGAUCCAGACGCAGAAACUUUGUUUUAUCUGGCAAACAAAUUCAGAUAGCUCCUGCCGCUAGCGCUCAGGCAUCUUUUCUCUGUUUUUGCAAGCUUCAGUACUUUGGGGGGUGUUUUCCCCCUUCCUCCUCCUCAAGCUAUUUUGGAUGGACUUGUUUGAGAUGACCAUUUUGAGCAAAGACAGAUUUCACUGAACUUGAAUUGUCCUCACAAUGCUUAUUUAGGCCAAUCCUUUGAUGCAGGCACUACUAUAUUUGAUAUUGACUUGGAGGGUAGGAUCAGAUUCUUCACUCUCAAUUGGUAUUUUGUGCCUGCUAUCUAAGGCCCAGGUUUCCAAUUUUCCUUGUCUUACAUUUUAGUCAUCAUUAUUACUCAGAUGCCUCUUUGGUCAGGUACAUGGUUAUUUCCUAUAUUGUAUGCAAUUGAACUCGCCAGCCUUAACGGUUUAGUGGAGUUUUAUAUUAAAAUAAUCAACUGUGUUCUGUAGGCACAUUUGUUCUUAAUGUUGUUACGAUUCAGUAUCUUGCU